UGGAAUGCAAAUUGUUUGUGGUUAGUCUAGUGAUAUGUCAUAUCAACAACAUUUUCACUGUAAUUUUUUGUUGUCCAACAAAGUUAUUUAGAAUGUUCACGGCUGUAUUUUAUUAUGGACAGCUAUCAACCCGAAUAUGACAAGAACGGAGUAUUGUCUGAUACAUUUUGGAAGACUCCACAGCGUGCGAUCCCGGGCAGGCCUUUACAAACGGUCAAACGGACCGAGGUUAUGUCUGGGUCAUCGUAUCAACAGUUUCAGGCGUCUGUGAACGACGCCUGGGACCUGGGCGACGACGAUAUCAUAUCUGGAAUCGCUGAAACUAAAAUAUCGAAGGCCAUAUCACAAACUGCUGCUUUGAACGUGAUAAAUUCGCAUAGAAAUAGUAGUAGGAACGUAAACAAAAAUGACGUAAAAGUUGAGAGUGAGAUUGUGAAGCCUAAGGCUGAGGCGGUGGAAGUGAAGAAAAAUGAAGUGCGGAAGUUGGGUGCAGGGGGUUCGGGGCCGAUGCGGCACUACCCUGGGAGACCGCGGCCGGUGAGACUGUCGGCGCUGACUUCUCGCGAGGAGAGUAGUGAAUCCAAGUUGGAAAGGUUCCAGCAGAUGCACGAUAGCGCCGUCAUAGACCUGAAUGAACUCAAACAGAUCAGUUGGUCUGGCAUUCCAGUAAAAGCCAGAGCUAUAACAUGGCGGCUUCUCGCCGGUUACCUGCCUCCCAACGCAGAGCGGCGAGCAGAGACCCUGGAGAGAAAGAGAGCGGACUAUAAACAUCUAGUACGGCAAUACUAUGAUGCAGAGCGAGACGAUGAUACUUACAGACAGAUUCACAUAGAUAUACCUCGGAUGAGCCCACUUGUGGCUCUCUUCCAACAGAUUACUGUGCAGGUGAUGUUCGAACGAAUCCUGUACAUCUGGGCGAUUAGGCAUCCAGCAUCAGGCUACGUGCAAGGCAUUAACGACCUGGUGACUCCAUUCUUCAUGGUCUUCCUGCAAGAGGCAGCUCCUGGCCAGGAGUUGGACAACUUUCCCCUGGACAAACUGACUGAAGAACAGAGGGACAUUAUAGAAGCUGACUCCUUCUGGUGCCUCUCCAAGUUCCUCGACAGCAUCCAGGAUAAUUACAUUUUUGCUCAACUUGGUAUUCAAUAUAAGGUGAACCAACUGAAAGAGCUGAUACGUCGCAUAGACCUUCCGCUACACGAGCACCUGCAGACCCACGGCGUCGACUACCUGCAGUUCUCAUUCAGGUGGAUGAACAACCUCCUUACCAGGGAAAUACCACUUCCUUGCACCAUUCGUCUUUGGGACACCUACCUCGCAGAGUCUGACGGGUUCGCGACCUUCCAACUAUACGUCUGCGCCGCCUUUCUCCUCCAUUGGAGAGAGAGGCUCAUGCUAGAAAGAGACUUCCAAGGCCUCAUGAUACUCCUACAGAACGUCCCCACACAAAACUGGACCGACUCUAACAUUAGUGUGCUGGUGGCUGAAGCUUACAGGCUCAAGUUCGCGUUCGCGGACGCACCGAACCAUUUACACAACGCCGGCAAGUCGGACAGAUGACCUAGCAGGUAGGCUGAUGUACUCUGCUGCAGUCGCGGAACGAUGUCUACGUAUAUGAGAGGAUCACACUGCAAUGUCAUUAUCUAUUACACGUGUUAUUCAUAAACGCAUCAUACUUAUCUAACAUUUUGUCUGUCAAACACAAAAUGUACAGCCUAUGAAUAAUGCUAUAGUGUCCCAUUUUUAAGAUCAAGCUUCCAUAAGGGCACUGCGUAUCAAUCAAGUGGCCUGUUAGUAAGAAAAUAUAUAAAAAAAAACAAAUACGCGUUGACGCUGUGAUGUAUAGAAAAAGGUGAUAAAAUACAAAAAAAAAAUGAGAGUUCGUUUGUCUUUAGGUGACCAUAGCUACGACCAUUUUAGGCUAGGAUACUGAAUAAGAGAAUUUUUUAGAAAAAAAUGUCACUUGUACUCAUAGACUUCAUUCCGUGACGUAAUCGACCAUAUUGACAUUAUCAGCUUGUAUACAAUUUUGGAUCUUAUGUAAGGCGUAAUAUAAUGCAAAGUGAGAAUGUCAAGCCGACUGUGUGAUCAGGGUAAGGGAGUAUUCGCUACACAUAGUCUUGUGCUGAAUUAUGGAACACCGGGAUUCGAAGGUGACUUAUAAAAACUUCGCCAACUGUCUAUGUAGCAUUAAAUGUUUGAAUAUUGAGGUCCUAUGUCGAUGAAACCACUUAUAUUGAAUGUUUUGUUUUCUGACAAAUAGACAUUGUGAUUUAAUUGUUGCUGUAGAUGGGCUGUAGUUAUACCAACUAAUAUUAUAUAAUAAAAAAAUAUUUAAUUGUUUUAAUGAGCUCUAUUCUACUAAACAAUCCCUUUCGUUUGAUAUCCAGAAUGGAGGCAGUCGUGGAAAAAAAUAGAUUAUAUUGUAUGGUCAUCAAGAUUAAGAGUGUAUCGAUCAGGAAGGGGAUAAAAUUCCAAUUACUAACAAACUGGACAAGCUAAAUAAGACCGUUUAAUAAUAAUAAUAAGGUCUCUUUUAAAUGUUGAUUUGAUCGGCGGACGACUUGGGGAUCUUCAAAUUGUAGAAUUUAUAUGUAUAUGUAUUUUCGCGGAUGUUUCAUAGUUUAUCACAAGACAUUAUAAUAGCCACUUUCUAGAUUUUGUAGUUGGCAAUCAAUUCGCCAUAUUGUUUUAUAACGGCCUAAUGGAUUUAAGUUAAUUCAUAUUUUGUGGGACGAUAUAAUUGUAACAUUAAUUUUAUCCUUCUAUGCAACAAUUAUCGACAUUUUAACGAACUUUUUCAGCUACAUUAACUAAUUUUCAACUCUAUUUCGCUAUACAUAAAACAUAAUAUGUUAGCUGCAUUAAGUACCGAAAAUUUAUUUUUGCUUUCAACGUUAUCUUCAUGUCGUGGUACUAGAACUGAAAUUCGGUUGAUUAACUGUAAAUAAGAGUUGUUUAAAUGUAACAGAUAUUUAAAAUGCACUCACUGUUUGUUUAUUGAUUUUAUAUUUGAGUGAGUCUCACCCCCUAUUAGUGAAAAGUGGGUGUUAUAUUGUACGGUGGCA